CUUCCACAGGAUCUCCAGGGCAGACGGUCGGCACCAUUUUAGGGGCAUGCGUCGGUGAAGUCUGUCUCUAGUGAUUUAGAGUUAUUUCGCCUACGUCUGCUCAGUUAGGAAGGUAACAAAACGCAGUGUGUUCAAACAGAGAAAAACAAGACAAGACAAGCCACACCGCCUCCCGUGCUGCUUGUACAUCUGCUAAAGCUAACAACAGCUGAAAGGCUCUUCUUUCGACCGACGCAACAUUCACUGAGCCUGAAAGCGGAGUCUACCAAAAUGAGUGCACCCUCCUCUCAAAAAGUUGUCCUGAAAAGCACCACCAAAGUGUCCCUAAACGAGCGCUUCACUAACAUGCUGAAGAACAAGCAGCCCGCUGCGGUAAGCAUUCGAGCCACCAUGCAACAACAGCAUUUGGCCAGUGCCCGCAAUCGUCGGCUGGCCCAGCAGAUGGAGAACCGGCCCUCAGUUCAAGCUGCUCUGAAUCACAAGCAGAGCCUUAAGCAGCGCCUAGGGAAGGGCAACAUCCAGGCCAGACUGGGCCGACCCAUCGGGGCUCUGAUCCGUGGAGGAGCAGUUGGAGGUAGAGGAGGGUUGCGAGGGAUGCCAAGGGGAAACUUCCGAGGACGAGCGAGAGGAGGCGUAAUGAGAGGAGCUCUGUCCCUGAGAGGAAAGAGAGUGUCUACAGGUGUCCCCAUGAGAGGCCGUGGCUUUGCUGGCCGCCUGGCAAUGCGUAGAGGAGGCCGCCAGCGUGGAGGAGGAGUUGCCCUGUCACGAGGAGCAGCUCGAGGAGGAGUUACACUCAGAGGCCGUGGUGCACUACGUGGACGUGGUGGUUUUGCUGGUAGAGGUGGUCGCGGAAGGGGACGGGGCCGAGGGGUUGGACCUUCAGCUGUGACCAGGGAACAACUGGACAACCAGCUGGACGCCUACAUGUCAAAGACCAAAGGUCACCUGGAUGCUGAACUUGAUGCCUACAUGGCUCAGGCAGACCCAGACAUCAUGGAGUGACCAUGAAGGACUCUGAACCUGAAGCACAUAUAGAGUCACCUCAGAUCUGUACAGCUGGACUCGCAUAGAGUAUAGUGUUGAUGUGGUGAGAAAUGAUAAUAAUCAUAAUUUAGAUGAGAUUGGUGAAAGUCCAGGACUUGGAGUAGGAAAUCGAAGUUGUCAUCUGAGUGCAUUGACCACCGUCAAUUCUGCAUCAACCAGCUCCCUGCAGAAGUUUUCAUUCUGGAAUAACUGUGUGAAGGGACCUUUUUAAACAUUACAAACCCUGCUGUUUAUACACAUUUUCAUGAUCUUGUAAUGUACUUGUCCUGAAACAGUUUAUUUUAUUUUUUUUGGGGGGGGGGGGGGGGCACUUGUCAAGGAUAUAAGAAAUGUGUUAACCUUUUUUUAAAUCAGCUUUGAAUUAAAUUUUUUAUUUUUCAAAAAGCCUUAUUUUAAAUUUGAUUUUAGUGUUUGUGUGCUAAGACCUUUGGGAAUUCAUUCUUUGGCUGAUCUUUAUAUCUGCAAUGCAAAACUUCCCAAAAUUUGUUGAAAAAGAAUGUAAGCAAAACGUCUUUGAGCCAAGUAUCCAUUUGUCUUUGUUUUGUAUUUGAAAGAUGUAGUACUUGGACAUCUUUAGUUCCGCUGAAUCUUCCAUUCGUCUGCAUUCUUUAUUGGAGUGUCGGCAUUUUGAACUUGUACUUGAGAACAUUUCUAUGACAUAACCCAAAGGAAGUAAAGUUAUGUUUUAAUGAAA